AUUUAUCUCAAAAAAAAAAAAAAAAAAAAUCCAUCCCUCCAAUAUGGGGCUAGGGCACGGAGAUUAAAUUGAAGCUUGGAAAACCAUGGCGUCUCCUCUUCUUGGAUCCGUUUCAUCUCCCCUCUGCUACUUGUCGCGGCCUUCUGCUCCGAGUCUUCCCUGCUUCAACCCCAACAGAGGAACUCUGCAUCUCGAGCGCCUCCAAUCAGAAUCGAGGGAGCUUAAGAAUAGAGUUUUUGUUCGGCGAGCGACGCUCGAUGAAUCCCCCGUCCUCGACCCCCCGCCCAGAUUCGAAGAGCCGGACCCCGAGGUCGUCGCUUCUUUGAAGCUAAAGUUGCUGGGUGCUGUUUCUGGGUUGAACAGAGGCCUUGCAGCUAAUGAAGAAGAUCUAAGAAGGGCAGACUCUGCAGCCAAGGAACUUGAGGCUUUGGGAGGUGUUGAUCUUACCAAAGACCUGGAUAAACUCCAAGGGAGGUGGAAGCUGAUUUAUAGCAGUGCUUUCUCCUCUCGUACAUUAGGUGGAAGCCGUCCCGGACCUCCAACAGGCCGUCUGCUUCCAAUUACUCUUGGACAGGUUUUCCAGCGGAUAGAUAUCCUCAGCAAAGAUUUUGCUAACAUAGCGGAGAUUCAGUUUGGCGCUCCAUGGCCACUUCCACCACUUGAGGCGACUGCUACGUUAGCUCAUAAGUUCGAGCUUAUUGGAAGCUCAAGCAUAAAAAUAAUAUUUGAGAAAACUACAGUCAAGCCUACUGGAAGCUUCUCGCAGCUUCCUCCUUUCGAAGUUCCCAGGCUUCCAGAUGCACUAAGACCUCCUUCAGACUCAAGGAGUGGUGACUUUGAAGUGACUUACCUUGAUGCCGAUACUCGCAUUACCCGAGGUGACAGAGGGGAGCUCAGGGUGUUUGUGAUCUCAUAAAGCCUGCGAGCCAUUUCACUUGUUCAAAAAUUCUUUCAUCCAAAGGACAUGCAGUGGUGCUGUAUUUUAUGCAGGGUGUUUCUUCAUGAUUUGUGAAGUCUAAACAUUUACUCUUACGAAAUACAGCUUUUACAGCUUAAUGGCUCUUCGGUCUGCUGAGUAUGGUUUUUGGUUGAUAGUUUUUUUUUUAAAAAAAAUGGCCUCUACAUUAUUGAGGCCUUUGUUUCUUAUUUUUAUUUCAUUACUAGAAAUGGGGUGGUAGUCCACUUUCUUUC